AUGCCAACCAAGAAGGGCAAAGACGACAAGAAGAAGGGAGGAAAGGCAGAGCCAGAGAAACCCAAAGAGGAGGAGAAGAAAGGGGGCAAGGAUGCUAAGAAAGGAGGAAAAGAGGACAAGAAGGGAGCGAAGGAUGACAAGAAAGGAGGAAAAGAUGACAAGAAGGGAGCGAAGGAUGACAAGAAAGGAGGAAAAGAUGACAAGAAGGGAGCGAAGGAUGACAAGAAAGGAGGAAAAGAUGACAAGAAAGGAAAGGGGAAGGGCAGGAAGGAGGAGUCAGAGGAGGAGGAGGAGUUUCUAGACAGCCAGGAGGAGGAGGAGGAAGAGGAGGAGGAGGAGGAGGAGGAAGAGGAGGAGGAAGAGGAGGAGGAAGAGGAGGAGGAAGAGGAGGAGGAAGAGGAGGAGGAAGAGGAGGAGGAGGAGGAGGAAGAGGAGGAGGAAGAGGAGGAGAGCGAGGAAGACGCCAGGCGGAGGAAGAAGGGCGCGGCCGACGCCAAGAAGAAGGAAGCAGGUGGCGCGCGGGCCGGGGCUGAUCCUCUCGCUGUGGAAGCUGCCGGUCUGAAGAACACCUCGCGCCUUUUCAUGCGCUUCUCUGGCUUCAAGCGGCGCCGCAACUCCCGCAAGAAGCUGAAGAGCACGUCGCGUCUGUUCCUGGGCCUCGGGAGGCUAGUCCCGCGUAUUCGCAAGAAGCUCAAGUCCCUGCUCAAGAACAACAUGCGCUUCAUGAUGCGCUUCGGCAAGAAGAAGAAGGAGAAGGAGGCAGAGAAGAAGCCCUCCUACAUGCUGAUCCGCAUGGGAGGAAGUGGCAAGGCGGCCAACAAGAAGGGCUUCCUGCGCGGAUUUCACUGGACGACGUGCCCACGGCAAAGGACUUCAAGAACCAGAGUCUGGUGCUGGGAAGAUCGCCGGGCAACCAACUGGCUCACCAAGCGCUUCCUGUCCACCAAAGGUCGCCAGCGGCAGCGGGGUCGCAGUGAGGGCGUUGGGGUCCGACCCCGCAUCGGCAUGGCUCUGGCCGUCUGCCAGCGGGCCGCUACGCAAGCACACGUGGUCUCCGUGGUUACCAGAACCCCGCCUACCAGCAGGACGACGGUGGCGGCGGGCGACCAGAGAGGGGCAUGUUCAACAGGCGGUCACUACGGCUACGAUGACCAGUUCUACCUAGCCGGACCACGAGUUCUCGGCCCUGCCUUGACCCCUCGAUCUCCCUACCUUAUGGCAACUACGGUCGAUAGCGCGUUGGGUGGUUACUAUGACUACGAUGACCUGCAAUCAGGUUACUAUGACACCGGAGGAGGAGGAGGUGAGUUCUACGGAGAGGGUGAAAUGUACCCUGCAGAGGAGGAGUAUGGUUUCUACGGUGAUGGUGUGGAGCUUCACCAGGGCCAGCUGGCCACAUUGCGACCACCCGGCGACGGAGUGGAGGCGGAGCUUGGGGGAAUGGAGUUCCGCGUGCCUCGGCCGCAGGUGAAGCUGUUUGGGCGUGAGCGCAUGGAGGUUCCGCUGCUCCCUGCACCCCAGAACCUCGACCAGCUCUCUGACAUCCAGUACGAGGCCGCCGCCAUGCCGCAGGAAGUGAUGUCGAUGGCCACGCCCCCCAGCUUCCACCCCCAGUCUCCCAUGUUUGCCUCCGUGCCACCCCACUGCCAUGCUCAUCAAGACGGCCAAUCAGCAGGGCUCGCCAGUCCUGGGCCGCUCCCCCCAUACCUCUCCCAUGCCCACCCAGAUGGGGGGAUGAGGGGGUUCCCUGGCGCUCAGAUGCCACCCUCCCCCACCCCGAGCCGCCGGUCGAUGAUUAUGCCACCUGUGGACCCCCGCCGCUCCCCGCUUCCCUUGCGGCGUCCGAGCCCCCAGCCGUCUCCGCAGCUGUCCAUGCGUGGUUCUCCGUCCGUUCUGCAUGGUUCUCCGUUGCGGGGCAGCCCCCUCCCUCAGCCGCGCGGCCUCAUUGGGCACCCGCCUGGCGCACCCCACCCCUCGUCACCCCUCGCCCUGCGCCGGAGCCCUCGCUCCUCUCCCGGGGGACCCCCCCGACGCCUGCAGCCCCAGCCUUCAUACCGGGAGCCCCCCCUGCACGCCAUGCCUCCCAUGCCCUCCCGGAUGCCCUCGCGCCCUCCCUCGCUGCGCACCAGCCCCGUCCCCAAGAGGCCCGCGUCGCCACGCGGCUCCUUCAGGCGCCCCAGUCCCCCAGGGUCGCCGCGAUCUUCAUUCCGUCGACCCAGCAGUCCCCCGACAUCACCGCGGGCAUCCAUGAGGCGCCCCAGCCCGCCCCUCUCCCCCUCGCGUCCGUUUGGGGCGCGGAAGCUUCCGGCGGCGUCCCCGCCACGGUCCACCUCCCCUCAUCAUCGCGCUGCCUCCUCCUCCUCACCGAGUCUGUCUCGCCAAAGCUGCUACUUCGAAGCCUCACGGGAGGCCUCGACUCUGUCUCGCCGCCUAAUGCUGCUCAUGCAUGACCCGUUUCCAGGGGCGACGCCGGGGUUUGGGGGGCGCGGCGGCCUGAUGCGAGGUGGGCGUGGCCGUGGGAUCCCCAUGGGGGCUGUGAAGCCCCUCCCUCCGGGAGCACCAAACCAGAACGUUCCGCCGCUACGUGGCUCGGUGCGAAGUCACCACUCCCACAUGCAGGACCAGAGGGCAUCGCCAGGCAUGCCCAGGGGCGUGGCUCACCGCAGGCCCCUCCUCCCACGCUCACCGGGAGCGUUCCGGAACCCCCAGAGGCCAGUGGGGAGGGGCCGACCACUCAUGGCCCGCCAGUCCAGCAGACGUCUGCCUCCGGGGAUGCCGAUUGGCUCUCCCCAGCCGUCAGUCAAGCCCUAUGGCCCACCUUCACCACAUCCCUCCAUCAGGCACUUCUCAAGACCCUCCUCCCCACUCCCGCCAAUCAAACACGGACAUCCAAUGGCCAUGAGCCCUGCAUUUGCCCCUGAACUGUACCCCAUGGAGCAGCCUAUUGGCCCCUCCUCCCCUCUGUUGGGCGACGCCCUCAGCGCCUCCCACCUAAGCCCCGCCCACCUGUCCUCUCCUCUCCAGCCUGCUCCUCCGUACGCGCCCCAGAUGAUGGAAGCACAGGCAUUUCCGGGGCAACCGAUGUCCCCCAUGCUCUCGAGUUCCAUGCAGAACCAACAGAUCCGCUCAGCGAACUACGGGGCUCCCUUGCAGCCCUACGGCCUUGACCCUCAGGUUAGAACACCGGAACACACACCCACACUUAGAACACAACACACACCCACUCUCAGACCCUGCCUGGAGUCCCUAUGCUUUGUGGCCUUCCGCUCCGCCUCCGCCCGCUCCCCUCCCGAGCCCUUCCCAUCCCUUCCUGCCCAUGGUGAACUUCCCCGGUUUCAAGGUGCUCUUCCGCCCUCCUCCCCCCCCCCUUCCGCCCUACCGGCUCCCUCCAACCCGCCUCACACUGCCCAUCCGCUCCAGAACCAGCGCUCUCCUUGCGCCGAGUCGUCACGCAGUGGGAGGAGCCUGCUCCAGGCCCCGCCCUCCAGUCACUCCAGAGACCCAGCUGAUGCGGGCGCCUGUGCGUUCACACCUGCGUCGCCCGGGUUCCGUACGCUCCACCCAGUCCACCUACUCCGCCCCACACUCACCACACCUCUCCGGUGCUCUACAGAACCCUUACCUGCGGGCGCCCUCAUUGCGCCUGCCUGGCGGGCGGCUGUGCGACCUGCGCCAGAAUGCUCCCGCGGUGGACCGGCGCGCAUCACGCAGCUCUCUGCGGCGCUCGUCGCAACCACGCGGCUUGCACAGGCAUCUUACCGCCUGCCCGACGGAACUCUGGUCACCCCGCAGAUCACCGGGCCUGUGGAUGUAGACCCGGCCUCUCCGAUGCUGGCGCGCAUACCAGCAGGGCUAAUCUGGAUUUCGGCGUCUUACCGCCUCCCAGACGGAACCCUCAUCAGCUCGGAUCCCAGGCUCCAGCAACCAGGUGGAUCUCCGCAGCUGAUGCGAGCCCUUCAGCAGAACCCUAACCUGCGUUCCGCUUCCUACCGCCUGCCUGACGGAACCCUGGUCAUGGCAGACCCACAACAACCACAGGUCAUGUCCCCAAACCUGUCGGCAGCUCUGCAGCAGAAUCCUCAGCUACGUUCAGCCACCUAUCAGCUGCCGGACGGUUCCGUCAUCAGUGUAGAUCCUCGUACAGGCAAACCCACUAGUCCAAACCUCUCCAGUGCCCUGCAGAACGAGAUGCUAAGAGGCGCUAGCUACAGACUCCCAGACGGUUCAGUCAUCAGUGUGGAUCCUCGCACAGGCAAACCCACUAGUCCAAACCUCUCCCGUGCCCUGCAGAAUGAGAUGCUUAGAACCGCUAGCUACAGACUCCCAGACGGUUCCGUCAUCAGUGUGGAUCCUCGCACAGGCAAACCCACUAGUCCAAACCUCUCCCGUGCCCUGCAGAAUGAGAUGCUUAGAACCGCUAGCUACAGACUCCCAGACGGUUCCGUCAUCAGUGUGGAUCCUCGCACAGGCAAACCCACUACAAACCUCUCCAGUGCCCUGCAGAAUGAGAUGCUUAGAACCGCUAGCUACAGACUCCCAGACGGUUCUGUAAUCUCAGCAUACCCCAAGCCCACGACCCCCAACCUGUCCGCUGCAUUGCAGAACCAAGCGGUCAAAUCUGCCACCUACCGCCUACCAGAUGGUUCUGUGAUCUCGGCGUACCCCAAGCCCACGACCCCCAACCUGUCUGCUGCAUUGCAGAACCAAGCGGUCAAAUCUGCCACCUACCGCCUACCAGAUGGUUGUGAUCUCGGCGUACCCCAAGCCCACGACCCCAACCUGUCUGCUGCAUUGCAGAACCAAGCGGUCAAAUCUGCCACCUACCGCCUACCAGAUGGUUCUGUGAUCUCGGCGUACCCCAAGCCCACGACCCCAAUGUCUGCUGCAUUGCAGAACCAAGCGGUCAAAUCUGCCACCUACCGCCUACCAGAUGGUUCUGUGAUCUCGGCGUACCCCAAGCCCACGACCCCCAACCUGUCUGCUGCAUUGCAGAACCAAGCGGUCAAAUCUGCCACCUACCGCCUACCAGAUGGUUCUGUGAUCUCGGCGUACCCCAAGCCCACGACCCCAACCUGUCUGCUGCAUUGCAGAACCAAGCGGUCAAAUCUGCCACCUACCGCCUACCAGAUGCUGCAGAACGAAGCCAUGAAGAGCGCCUCCUACAGGUUACCGGACGGUUCCGUCAUCACCGCCUACCCGCGGCCGACCCAGCCUGACCUGUCCUCCGCGCUGCAGAACCCAGCGCUCAAGUCUGCAUCGUUCCGCCUGCCCGACGAUUCUGUCCUGACCGCCCGUCCUAAACCGACUGGGCCCAACCUGUCGGCAGCGCUGCAGCGGAACCAAGCCAUCGCGGCGAGGUCAACUACCGACUGCGGACGGGUGGAGUUCAGCAGCCAGCGGGUUCCGGCUGGCCCAUUUACCUGUCGGGCUGCAGAAGAGCAGCGCGGAUGAAAGGCUUACCGCCCUGCAGCUGCCCACGGGCCUCACCACCAGGACCGUCACCGGCUAUUGUCCGGUUAUUGGGCCUUCUCUGCGAUGUCGGGCCAGACCCCCGAGGACGUGUGGGCCGCAGAGAGGGUUCUACCGCACGGAACCCUGCAGAACCUCAGCAAGUGGGCCAUGUACCGAGAGGAGGGCAUGCUGGAGGGACUCAUGCCGCCUGCCGUCACCUGGCUCGGGGAGGAACAGGGGGAGGUGCUGUGGGAACCCGACCGAGAGGGAGAACCCACCGGACCCUGGUUUGAUAAGAUCUAUUUUAUUAGGAGUCUGCCCACUAUGAGAUAUCGAGAGAGGAGAGAAGUGGAUGGUAUCGAGGACAUGACACAACUGGCGGAGCUGAGUGAAGCGUCAGUUCUGAUGAACCUGCGGAAUCGAUAUGAGAGGGAGCUCAUUUAUACGUAUAUCGGCAGUAUCCUAGUGUCAGUGAACCCUUACAAACUCUUCAACAUUUACGGCACUGAUAUGGUACUUCAGUAUGAGGGACACGGACUCGGAGACAAUCCACCGCAUAUCUUUGCUAUUGCUAACAUCUGUUAUACAACGAUGAUGGAUGCCAAGCAGAACCAAUGUAUAAUCAUCAGUGGGGAAAGUGGCUCUGGCAAGACUGAGGCAACCAAACUGGUCCUGCGCUACUUGACAGCUAUUCACCACAAACGAAACAUCACACAACAGAUUGAGAUUCUGGAGGCCACCCCCCUGCUGGAAUCUUUUGGGAAUGCCAAAACGGUCCGGAAUGACAACUCCAGCCGCUUUGGGAAAUUUGUGGAGAUCUUCCUGGAGGAAGGUGUGAUCAGUGGUGCCUUAACCUCCCAGUAUCUCCUAGAGAAGUCCAGGAUUGUCUUUCAGGCUAAAGAUGAGCGGAACUAUCACAUCUUCUAUGAGAUGCUGGCUGGCUUACCUGCUCACAUGAAGCAGAGCUUCUACCUGCAGGAAGCAGAAACCUACUACUACCUCAACCAGGGCGGUAACUGUGAGAUUCAGGGCAAGGACGACGGGGAUGAUUUCCGGCGUUUAGUGGUUGCCAUGGAGAUCCUGAACUUUAGCCAUGAUGACCAAACCAAUGUCUUCAGAGUCCUGUCCUCCAUACUGCACCUGGGCAAUGUGUUUUUCCACCGAGUACAGUCGGAUGUGCAGGAGGGGGCAGGUGUGGUCAGUGCUCAGGAGAUUAGAGUGGUUGCCGAACUCUUACAGAUCUCACCAGAGGGACUCCAGAAAGCUCUCACCUACAAAGUCACGGAUGCAAUGAGGGAAAAGAUAUACACUCCUCUCACAGUGGAGAGUGCUGUGGAUGCCAGAGAUGCCGUUGCCAAGAUACUUUACUCGCUGCUCUUCCAUUGGCUGACAGAGCGCAUCAAUGGGCGGGUCUAUCCACGCCAUGAGGCUCUGUCUAUAGCCAUAUUGGAUAUAUAUGGGUUUGAGGACUUGUUCUUCAACAGCUUUGAGCAGCUCUGUAUUAAUUAUGCCAAUGAGACUCUUCAAUCGUACUUCACACGCAUAAUUUUCAAGCAGGAGCAGGAAGAAUAUUUUCGGGAGCAGAUUAUUUGGGAGGAAGUAAGUUUCACGGACAAUCAGAACUGCAUCGACCUCAUCACUGCAAAACCUCAUGGGAUACUACGCAUCCUGGACGACCAGAACGGUUUCCCUCAGGCAACUGACCACACCUUCCUUCAGAAGUGCCACUAUCACCAUGGAAACAACCCUCUGUAUUCAAGGCCAAAAAUGCCCCAACCAGAGUUCACCAUCAAACACUACGCAGGACGGGUCACUUAUCAGGUACACAAGUUUCUGGAUAAAAACUUUGAUCAACUUCGCCAGGAGGUUCUGGACUUGUUCAUGCAGAGUAAAAACACGAUGGUGGGGAAUCUCUUCCUUAAGCAUGCAGAAACUCUGGGCAACAGGAGCAGCACACUCACUCACACACUCACUCACACACACUCACACACACGACGCUACCAGGCCAACACUGUCGCCGCCAAAUUCCAGCACUCACUGCAAGAGCUACUGGACAAGAUGGAGAGGUGUAGCCCAUAUUUUGUUCGUUGCAUUAAGCCAAAUCAAAACAAGGAACCAGGGCUGUUUGAGAUGGAGUUGGUUGCAGCACAGCUACGGUACUCAGGAAUCCUAGACACCAUCCGCAUCAGGAAGGAAGGCUAUCCAAUGAGAAUCCACUUCCACGUCUUCCUCAAUAGGUACAAAGCCCUACUGGGUUUGAAGGAAACUCUGCCCCCCAAUGGAGAAAACUGUGUCAUCAUGCUCUGUCCAAUCAAAAAGCUUUUUCAAGCUCUGGACCUUUCUGUCACUCCUAUCAAAUACCUCUCAAACCACACCCAUGACCUCUCUGUCAUCAAACCACACCUAUAUGACCUCUCUGUCAUCAAACCACGCCUCUCUGUCAUCAAACCACACCUAUGUGACCUCUCUGUCAUCAAACCACACCUGUAUGACCUCUCUGUCAUCCAAAUCUGUUGGAGAAUCUUCCUGAGAGAGGACCUGUAUGCCGCUCUGUUGGAGAGUAAGAGGGACCGCAUGCUGCAUCUCGCUGCUCUGAUCCUGCAGCAUGCGGUCAAACCACACCUAUAUGACCUCUCUGACCCUAUCUUCCUGAGAGAGGACAGCUGUAGAGGAUACCUGACCAGACACCUGCAGGCACGCUGUAGAGGAUACCUGACCAGGCAGAGGUAUCUUCAAAUGCGAGUGAGUCUGAUCCGCUUCCGAUCGCUAAUACUCCUGUGUGCCAACCGCCAACGCUACAUGAAGGUACGAGUGUGUGUGUGUGUGUGUAUGUGUAUGUAUGUACUGAAUCCAAUUCUCUGUGUGUGCGUGUGUGCUAACAUCCUUCAGCAGAGGUUAGCUGAGCAGCAGAGGUUAGCCAGAGAGGUCAUCAACGUCUCCCAGCUACCAGUUCCAGCCGAGCUCGGAGGCCUGCUGCAAACUAUAACAGGAGGAAAGCAGCUUCAUUCAGACUGCCUGGCGCUGGUGGAGGCUCCCAGGAUUGCGGUGGAUUCUCAGCUCACUCUCCCCUUGGACAUCAACAACCAUCUGAUGACCAAAUACGUCCGCUCACACUUCAGGGAGCUGAAGUUUGGCAUGCUGAUGUCUCCACUGGAAACCUCUUUAACGCGUCUUGAGGAGGACUUGAAGCAUGAUGCCCGAAAUGUCUUCAUGCUGAUUCUGCGGUUCAUGGGUGACCCCAACCUGAAUGGAGCCCAGGAGAACUUGUUUGGGAAUUACAUCAUCCAGAGGGGGCUGGCCACUGCACCAAUCAGAGACGAGAUCCUGGCCCAGAUAGCCAAUCAGGUGUGGAGGAAUGAGCACCAUGGCAACGCUGAGCGAGGCUGGCUUCUGAUGGCGGCGUGUUUGAGCUCCUUCUUCCCGAGUGAUCACAUGGAUAAAUACCUGCUCAAGUUUGUGUCGGACUACGCCCUAGAUGGCUACCAGGCUCUCUGUCAGCACAAACUGCUCCAGGGCCUUCAGAAGGCUCCCCUGGGUCCUGAUGCCUGCCGUACUUACCCCCCCUGCCUGUUGGAGUGGACCGCCAUCCGAAAGAGAUCACACAUGCUGCUUCAGAUAUACUGCACUGAUGGCAUGUCAUUCCUCUGUCCUGUCCAGUCAUGGAGUGCGGGGGAGGAGGUUGCAGGGUCGGUCCUGGAGCACAGGGGCGUGUCCUUGUCCAGCGGCCGUUCUGGUUGGUCACUGCGGCUGCAGGAGGCGGGACAUUGGGCGGAGCUUGGUGGCCAUGGCAUUCUGGGCGUGAUCUCAGAGAUGUUCUCCGCAAACCCCCAAACAGAAAAAGACUACUUCCUGCUGUCCACCGAUCAGUUCACCCUGCCCAAACACAACACCAGCAUGAGUUUGUUUGGAGGUUUCGAUGGAGAAGAGGAGGGGCCUCUGUCACAUGCAAGACGUACAAGUGCCAUGGCAACCAGCAGUCUGCCAAUCUCUGAGGGGCAUAGUCAGGAGUCUAGUGGUGAGAGAGGGAUGGACAAGUACUUGGAUAGCCUGUUCGACCCGGUUUUAUCAGAUGGAGACCUGGAGAUGGCUUCCUCUCUGGCCAAUCGGAUGAGAGGAGCAGGUGGAGUGGGCGUGACUAACGGAGAUGCCGCUCCUCCCUUUGCCAAUGUGCCCUAUUCACCAGCAGGAGCGGUGAGGGUACUUCCUACUAUGCCAGUCAUGCCAAAUGUGCCAGCUGCUCAGUCUGUGCCAGAUCCACAGCAAGCUGUUCUUGCCCAGCAGCAGCAAGCCAUCGUAAACCAACAAGCCAUCAUCAUGGCACAGCAGAUGACCAUGCAGGCCAUCGCCAUGGUGACGAGUCCCGUGACCAGCCCUCCAGUGUCCCCGCCCACCAGUCCCCCACCGGUUCCGUUUGGCGUUCAGGCAUUCCCUCCAAGCCCCUAUGGCCCCGCCCACACCAGUCCUUAUGGCCCCGCCCACACCAGCCCGUAUGGCCCCGCCCACACCCGCCCAUAUGGCCCCGCCCACACCAGUCCUUAUGGCCCCGCCCACACCAGUCCUUAUGGCCCCGCCCACACCAAUCCCGACGUUCCCGUUCAUCUCAGUCCGUACGCCCCCAGCACCAGCAGCACCACCACCACCACCACAACAAGCCCUCAGGCCCAAUCAUCCAAAGUUACCAUGGGAACAAAGCCUGCUCCUGUUCCCACCAACAGGGACAACAAACCCGUCAAGAAGUUUGCCCCAGUGGCAGUAACUGGUCCCAUACGUGCAGCCCCCUCUGGUGGUGAGAUUGUGAAGUCGUCAGUGGUGAACUCAGAACACAUUGUGCCCAGUCACAACAUCAAAGACAUCAUCCGCCAGUAUCAAACGCCUCCACCUGCACCGCAAGAGAUACGCAGGAAGGAAGGCAGAGGAUUUGUGAAGAAAAGGAAUCCCCAUGAUGAGGCCAUGCAGAUCCUCAAACCUCAGAUGGACAACCCACCCCCACCUCAGAAGAGAGACCCCGCCCCUUCAGCCACAUCCAGACCUCAGCCAAUCAGGAGCUCCAAACCGAGAGCUCCACCCCCUCAACUUCCCAAAACAGAAGUAUCAAGGGACUUGCCGAUUGGAAGCAAGAGUAUUCAGACUCUACUUCACAGGAGCAGCAACGAUGAUUACUGCACAUACACCAACGUACCCUGGAAAAUCUACCUGGGAAAGAAGAGGUGAAUUUUUUAUCCAAAAGACAGUUUGAAUAAUCCACUGGUGUUGGACCUCAUCUUUAAACAGGUGGUGAACGAUACAUUUUCGGAGGCGUGUGUUCGUAUCACCAAAGACGAGAGACAGAAGAUGAAGGCUUUGCUUGCUCAACACAACAUAAAGCCUAAUGUGGACAUUCAGGAUGAGAAUGUGAAGAUAAGGGUAGUGGCCUUGGCCAGGGAAUCAUGGGAAAUAUACUUCUCCCGGCUUUUUCCUGCCUCUGGUAGUGUUGGUACAGGGGUGCAGGUGUUGUCAGUCAGUGAUUCUGGUGUGAAGCUGCUGAAUACAGUUAAAAGCAGUGCUGAUGCACCGGACUACUUCAAAGUGCUGCGACCAUACAGUUACACGGACAUCCUGUUUUUGUGACCAUCUCAGCACAUGUUGGAGUUUAACUUGCAGAGUGAGAAGCUCAUUCUCUUUUCUGCGAAAGCACCUCAGAUUAAACAGCUCAUCGACACCUUCAUUUCACUACUGAAGAAGGACUCUGACUAUGUGGUGUCCCAACGUAACUUCAUCACUGAGGAGCGCUCUCUACUCAGCUUCCAUAAGGGAGACAUUAUACGCCUGCAGGCCAAGGAUGGACUAGACCCAGGUCAGAGCUAUGGUUGUGUUGUGAAGAAGAAGGUGAUCUACCUGGAGGAGCAGAAAAGAGACACACCUGAUUUCGGCUGGCGCUUUGGGGCGUUGCUGGGCCGCAGUGGGGCGUUUCCUAGCGACUGUGCGGUUCCCGUGGCAGCGCCGGACUUCCUCAGUGUCCCCGCCUGGAGGGGGGCGGAGCCGCAGGAUCAACAAGGGGGCGUGGCUACAUCAGGGGCGGUGGCCCUCGCCGUCGCCUCCAGCAUGGCUGCACACGAGCUCGACCCUGCCCUCCAGGUGUGUGUGUGUGUGUGGCUGGACCCACAGCAGGAAGAGCGCCUUCUUCUGGAUAAUCAGUAUAACAUGCAGGAGUUUGCCAAGAAGUACUUUAGACAGGGAACACGAGGACACAGUGACUCUCGCAAAACCAAAGAUUUCAAAGACCCCUUGGAGAUGCUCAAGUUCAGCAAGACCCCCAUUCAGGAGUCUCUGAUUGACUUCACAGACCCCAACAUGAACAGAGUGGCCUCAGACAUAUUCCUGGCCAUCAUGAAGUUUAUGGGGGAUCACCAACUCAGGGGCCAAUCAGAGCAGUUUGUGCUCUGCACCUUCCUGAAGCUUGUUGGUGAAUACGGUCUCAUGAGGGAUGAAGCUUACUGCCAAGUCCUCAAACAGAUCACAGCGAACACUAGCUCCAAACCGGACAGCUGUCAGCGCGGCUGGCGUCUCCUCUACAUUCUGACGGCAUUCUAUCGCUGCUCUGUGGUGCUCAGGCCUUUUCUGCUGCACUUCCUUCUUCACGCCAGCAGGGGGCCUGCACAGAUCUUCCAGGGCAUUGCCAAAGCUUGUGAGCAGAACAUCAGGAAGACCUUUCAGUUUGGAGGCCGACGGGUUUCCCCAAACAACAUGGAGCUAAAGGCCAUUAUGGCUGGUAGAAGCUCAAAGCGUCAGCUGUUUCUCUUUCCUGGAGGAAUUGAACGUCACCUGAAAAUCAAAACCUGCUCAGUAGCCCUAGACAUCAUUGAGGAGCUGUGUUAUGAGAUGGCUCUACAGCGAAUGGAGGCCAUGGAUGAGUACACCAUCUUCAUCGUCACUAACAGAGGUCAGAGCGUGCGUCCUCUAAAUAAGCGGGAGUACAUCCUGGACAUUGCAACGGAGGCGGAGCAAACAGACCCCGCACACAGCUUCUGGUUCAGACGUGUCAUUUGGGCCCACCCGCUCAAGUACGACAACGAGCUGUGUGUGACGCUGCACUACAACCAGGUUCUCCCGGACUACCUGAAGGGUCUACUAAAUGUGCUUCCUCCUGGGAAGCUUAGUGAGCAACAGCUCCACCAAGUGGCCAAACUAGCAGCACUGCAACAUCGCGCCAAAGACAGCCUCUACAUUCCCACAGCACAUGAAGUAGCGGAGUACAUACCGGCCCAGCUGUUUGCAAAGCAAGGAGCAAAGGAGUGGCAAGCACUGGUCAGCCAACACACACACACGGCCCAGAGCCUCAGCGCACACCAGGCCAGAGCACAGUUCCUGGGUCUGGUGUGUGCGUUCCCCAUGUUUGGCUCCUCCUUCUUCUACAUCAUCAGCAGUAGCAACGUUGCAGUCUCCGCCCCCUGCAUCUUGGCUGUCAAUCAAAACGGACUUCACUUUCUGCACAAGGACACACAUCCAAAGAUUCUAGAACAGAGCUCCAGACAGCUAGCCCUUUCAUAG